CCAAAGGAUUUCAAUGACCAUGAAGCUUUGGAGUGGACAUGUGCGGCUGGUCUGUGAGCUUGCGCUUCGCCCCCUGGCUUUAGUUUUCUGGAGCAUUCUUGGGGCUAGAGCAUUGGACAAUGGCUUGGCGCGCACUCCUACUAUGGGCUGGCUGCACUGGGAACGUUUCAUGUGCAACCUUGACUGCCAAGAAGAGCCUGAUGCUUGCAUAAGUGAGCAACUGUUCAUGCAGAUGGCAGAGCUCAUGGCCUCUGAUGGCUGGAGGGAUGCAGGUUAUGAAUACCUCUGCAUAGAUGACUGCUGGAUGGCUCCUGAAAGGGAUUCCAAGGGCCGGCUUCAGGCAGAUCCCCUGCGCUUUCCUAGUGGGAUUAAACACCUAGCUAAUUUCGUUCACAGCAAAGGAUUGAAGCUAGGGAUUUAUGCAGAUGUUGGGAAUAAAACCUGUGCAGGAUUCCCUGGGAGUUUUGGAUCCUAUGACAUUGAUGCCCAGACAUUUGCUGACUGGGGUGUAGAUCUGCUAAAAUUUGAUGGUUGUUACUGUAACAAUGUGGUAUCCUUGGCGGAUGGUUAUAGGCACAUGUCCUUGGCCUUAAACAGGACUGGCAGAAGCAUUGUUUACUCCUGUGAGUGGCCUCUUUAUUUGAGACCCUUUCAUAAGCCCAAUUAUACAGAUAUCCAGCAUUACUGCAAUCAUUGGAGAAAUUUUGAUGAUGUUUAUGAUUCCUGGGAAAGCAUAAAGAAUAUCUUGGCCUGGACAGUAAUUAACCAGAAGGAGAUUGUUGAAGUUGCUGGACCAGGGGGCUGGAAUGACCCAGACAUGUUAGUGAUUGGCAACUUUGGCCUCAGUUGGGACCAGCAGGUAACGCAGAUGGCCCUCUGGGCCAUCAUGGCAGCCCCUCUACUCAUGUCCAACGAUCUCCGACAAAUCAGUUCUCAAGCCAAAGCUCUACUUCAGAAUGAGGAUGUAAUUGCCAUCAACCAAGACCCCUUGGGCAAGCAGGGGUACUGUUUUAGAAAGGAAAACCACAUUGAGGUUUGGGAACGGCCACUCUCAAACUUAGCCUGGGCUUUGGCUGUGCGAAACCUGCAGGAGAUUGGUGGGCCUCGUUCUUACACCAUCCAGAUUUCUUCCUUGGGUCGAGGACAAGCUUGCAAUCCUGGCUGCACCAUCACUCAGCUUCUGCCUGAGAAAGCACAUCUAGGCUUCUAUCAAUGGACUUUAACCUUAAAAACUCGAAUAAACCCUUCAGGCACUGUUUUGCUUCGGUUAGAAAGAUAACUAUACUAUCUUUAAAGGCAGAGAUCUGUAUAAGUGCUGGGUUUUGCUAAAGACCAAACUAUUUCCUGCCUUUCCCUCUAUUUCCCCUUUAAAACAAGGUAGGCUUUUGAAAUUAAGUGGGCAUGCCUGUGCCAGAUGCUUCCGUAUACUGGUUGAUUUUAACUGUCACAACCCUGGAGUAGGUGUUUACCCACUAUAAUCUGUACAGCUAAAUAAAAAAAAAACCUUUAAAUUU